AUGGGGCAACCACACGCGAUUAGACGGGAUGCAUACACCGUGCUGCUCUUUAAUGAGGCGGUAUCCGAAUGUCUGGAAUAUGACUUCGCAAGCACUCCUGAACGAUUGUUGGAUUCGGUCCUUUCCUACUCUGCAGGAGGAGACACCAACUUCACUGUGGCCAUUCGGAGAGCGCAGUCCAUGAUGGAACGGCACUGGAGCAAUGAGAGGUCUCCUGUCGUCAUCUUCCUGUCGGACGGGGAAAGUAGCAUUGCGGACGUAACGAUGCAGAAUAUUUGCCUUAGGUCCAUUGCGCUAGGGAAACCGCUAUCGUUCCAUACAGUGGCAUUUGGGCCUCGUAGUGCCGUUUUGCAAAGAAUGGCUAAUGUUGCCAUCGAUGUUCAAGGGCGUGCUCCUCCUGAUCGUCAACAUCCUGCCUCACCAUCGACGUAUUCUGAGGCUCUCGAUAACGUUCGUCUGGCCGAGACAUUCCUGGGAAUAGCGGAGUCGUUGAGGAAGCCAAGGGGUUCGUUGUUCCUUGGAAAGACUGGUUUCUCAUAG